CAAAAGAGGAAAAAAGGCAAGGAUUAGAAAAUUCUCUCUCUUUCUCUCUCUCUCUCUCUCUCUCAAGGAAUUCCCAAGGGUUUAGUGUGAGAUUGAAAUCUUUAGCUUAAAAUCCGAUGAAUUUGAUGGAUUCUCCAUUAAACCCAUGCCCUUUUCUCCUCCCUUUCCUCUAAUUCUGCGAAAAUGUUUGAUUCCCAGAUUCUUGGCCUGGCCAAAAUACCCAUCUUCUCCUUUGCCGCGGUUUUCUUUCUCAUCGUAUUUUCCAAUAGCGUCAUCUCCAAUCUCUCUCUCCACUCUGUUGUUCUUGACACCACAAGAAGUCCCCAGGGGCUCCGUAGUACCCUUGAAAACCCACAAAAACUGAGGAAAAUUUCGACCCAUGAACUGCUAGUUUCGGUGAGAGACGAGGUUGAUCAAGAAGCCAAAGGCAGUGAAGAUUUAGAUCAUCAUACUGAUUUGUUGGCUCCGUUCAAUGUAACCGAUCAAGAAAGAAUUGACUGGUUAAAGAGAAAGCUGCCUAAUUUCAACAUAUUCAAGUCCACAAGGUUGAGCAGACAAUUUGAUGAAAGAAUCCGGGAGUUUUUCGGCCAUGAUCCGUGCCGGACUCAGUUCUUCAUGACGUGGAUUUCCCCGGCGAGGGCGUUUUCGGGAAGAGAGUUUCUUGCUUUGGAAAGCCUGUUCAAGUCCAACCCAAAUGGGUGCUUGGUGAUCCUGUCAAGAAGUAUGGACUCUGCUCUCGGGUAUGAAAUCUUGAAACCACUUCUUGGUUUUGGGUUUAGGGUCACUGCAGUGACGCCAGACUUGUCAUUUUUGUUCAAGGACACCCCGGCUGAAUCGUGGUUCGAUGAAUUCAAGAAGGGUAAAACAGACCCGGGCGAAGUUUCGUUGGCGCAGAAUUUGUCAAACCUGAUCAGGCUCGCGGUUUUGUACAAGUACGGCGGGGUUUAUUUAGACACUGAUUUCAUCGUUUUGAAGGACUUCUCGGGGUUAAGGAAUUCGGUCGGAGCACAAAGCGUCGAUGCAUUCGGUAACUGGACAAGACUCAACAACGCUGUUCUUGUUUUCGACAAGAAUCACACACUCCUGCACAAGUUCAUGGAGGAAUUCACGUCCACUUUCAACGGAAACAAAUGGGGGCACAAUGGACCGUACUUGGUUUCCAGAGUGGUCGAGAGAACCCCGAAAGGACGAGGUUGUAACUUCACAGUAUUGCCGCGUAUGGCAUUCUACCCGGUGGAUUGGACUAGGAUAGCCGGGCUUUUCGCUAACCCAGUUACUCGGGCUAAUUCCAAAUGGGUGGAAGCGAAACUGGUUCAACUGAGUGGGGAGAGCUAUGGAGUUCACUUGUGGAAUAAGGAGAGUAGUAGAUUGAGAAUUGAAGAGGGAAGCAUUAUAGGAAGAUUGAUUUCUAGUAACUGCGUUAUUUGCAAAGACAUAUACAGUUCAUAGGCAUACAAAGCACACAAGCUGAAUUGGCUAAGUGGGGGCUUAUUUUUUGUGAAAUAAGUAGCAGAUUGUAAAUUGAUUAGGAUUCUUUCACUCAGACAAAAGUUGAUACAUUUUCUCUUUGCUACAAUAAGCUCCAGACUUAAGGGCUUUGGAAUUUUCUCCAAAUUCCCACAACCUGUGUUCUGUUUCAUUUCUUGUUUAUCCUCUUCCACUGUAACUAAGAAAAUUGUUUGUAAUCUCAUACGAGCAAGAAGUGCCGACGGCAAAUGACAUAAAAAUUGGAAUUGUUUGCA